GCCGGCGGCGCGGGGAGGGGCCGGGUGACCUCACGCUGGCCUGGCCACCGCGGCCAUUAGACCAGGUCCAAUUGCUGGGGCUGCAGUGCUGCCUCCGAGACCGCCAGACAUCUACGCAGCGAAAUCAAGCCUGGCCUUGAGGGUCCACACCGCGAGGGAAGAUGCGUGCGCCCAUUCCAGAGCCUAAGCCUGGAGACCUGAUUGAGAUUUUUCGCCCUUUCUACAGACACUGGGCCAUCUACGUUGGCGAUGGAUAUGUGGUUCACCUGGCCCCUCCAAGUGAGGUCGCAGGAGCUGGUGCAGCCAGUGUCAUGUCCGCCCUGACUGACAAGGCCAUCGUGAAGAAGGAAUUGCUGUAUGAUGUGGCCGGGAGUGACAAGUACCAAGUCAACAACAAACACGAUGACAAGUACUCGCCGCUGCCCUGCAGCAAAAUCAUCCAGCGGGCAGAGGAGCUGGUGGGGCAGGAGGUGCUCUACAAGCUGACCAGUGAGAACUGCGAGCACUUUGUGAACGAGCUGCGCUAUGGAGUCGCCCGCAGUGACCAGGUCAGAGAUGUCAUCGUCGCUGCAAGCGUUGCAGGAAUGGGCUUGGCAGCCAUGAGCCUUAUUGGAGUCAUGUUCUCAAGAAACAAGCGACAAAAGCAAUAACUGAAAAAGUCUGUCCUGUCAGCGAUGACUUUAUACAUCAAGGGGGUCUUGUUUUGCUAGAGAGUUUGGGGUUUGGUUUGUGGAUUUCAUUGUGAUUUAUAAUAAGGCUUAUUUCCACAGAAUAAAAUAAAGCACAACGAGGGAGGAUUUUAUUCGGGGAAAUGCAGCAA